UAAGGGCGUCGUUGCUUUCCUCGGCCUUUAGGUUCCUGAAAGCGGUUUUGAGAGUUGGUCAGUCAUGUCUGGACGGGGUAAGGGUGGGAAAGGCUUAGGUAAAGGAGGCGCUAAGCGUCACCGCAAGGUUUUGCGGGACAACAUUCAGGGCAUUACUAAGCCAGCCAUCCGGCGCCUUGCUCGCCGCGGCGGUGUCAAGCGUAUUUCUGGCCUUAUCUAUGAGGAGACACGUGGUGUUCUGAAGGUGUUCCUGGAGAACGUGAUUCGUGAUGCAGUUACUUACACGGAGCAUGCUAAACGCAAGACUGUAACAGCAAUGGAUGUGGUCUAUGCGCUGAAGCGACAGGGACGCACUCUUUACGGUUUCGGUGGUUAAGGCUCCCGCUUACUCCACUCAGUAUUUCUCUUUACAACCAAAGGCCCUUUUUAGGGCCGCCCAAUUUUUCGUAAAAGAGCGGACAUCUUGUUAUCCUGUUCCAGGUUUUUGCUGAAAAAGCAGUCGUGCACUAGUGUGCAUUUGCAGUUUAAGCUUGAAAUGUUCGUAAGGAUCUCAAGGAUUACGGAAGUUGUAGGAAACUCGGGGAAGACUCCACGUUACUGUUUUCAAAAUGGCGGGGAGGACUGAGAACAAAGAAGGCUCGCAUCCAGGCGGCGGUCCUUAAAGGCGAAUCCGUGAGCGCAACAGAUCUCCCUGAGUAGGAUCGUAAAUCUAAGUACAGGCGGCGUGUACGCUGCUGCUUUUGACUUGGUGACAAAACUGGUCAGCAAAAGGCAGUGUGGGUUCUGUGGCUCCUGAUGGAUCUGAGAAGAUGGACGUGGAGGAUGAAAAUCUGUCUGAUUAUUUUGAACUGAUGUUUGUUGCUGUGGAGAUGCUGCCCAUAUGUUCAUAUUGUGGAUGUUAAGUCAGUAGCCCACAGCCUUGUAUUCCAUAUUCUAGAGACCCUGCUACUUGACAUCUCAACUUGAAAGUCCAAUAAAUAUGCACUUCAAACUUAAAUAAGCUUCAAUUUCUUUCAUUAUGUCUGCAAAACAGCUUCUCCCAUCAUCUUGAAAUUAGUGAACAGCAUUUUACUGUUUUAGCUGGAGUCAUUUCUGUCGUUUCCUUUCACAUCCUACAUAACAAUCCAUCAGUAAGUUCUAUGAGCUCUUUGAAAACAGAAUCCAACUGUUUCUCAUUCCCACUUCUGGUCAAACCACUGCCAACGCUCACCUUUAUUGUUGUAGCACCCUCAUUGCCUAGUUCUGUUCCACAGAUUUCCAGUAAAGGGUGAGUAAAAUCAGGUCACUCUUCUGCUGAAAA